UGUAAAAUAAAAAAAUAUAAAUUAUUUUAAAUACAUUAAAAAGAGUAAAAAAUUUUAGCUAAAGAUAAAGUUCUAUGCAUAAGAGUGUAUGGUGAUAAGUAGCAAUCUUCAACUGCAUGGCAACCAAAUGAUGAAAUUUGUUAUUUUCAUAAAAUUCGCCUUUUAUUUUCUCGUUUGCAAGGACAAAUUCUUGCUUGUUACAAUUCUUACCAAUAAGUAAGAAUGCAUAAGUGCAUAAGUAAAUAUCGGUAAGUACACCUUUCGAAAUCAUUUAAAUUAUGGAAAAUGACAACAGAAGAGAAGAAAAUAAUAAAAUAGAAGACAUAAGAAACGAUGAAAUAGAACCACAAGAAAAAGGUUCUUGUAAUCAGUAUCAGCUGAUACCAAAAUCUCCCUCCAACCGUAAAUCCAUGCGAAAUGAGCAAUACGACAGAAGGUCAUCUCGCUCGCGAUCAAGAUCGCGUAGCAAGCCUUCACGGAGAAAGCAAGGGAAAAGUGCGAACGCCUUUCUUAAUUUUAUGCAAGAUUUUAGGCAGAAUUAUAAUAAGAUAAGGAGCAAAGACCUGUUUCGACUCGGAGGACAGAAAUGGCGACAAAUGUCAUCCACAGAAAAAAUGCCUUACGUAGAGGCGGCUAAGCUAGCGCAGCAACAAUCGCAGCAAAAUAAUAAGAAUGAACAGCAAACUAAGACCAAUGGCGGCGAUAUCUCGAAAAAGUCAGACAAUGAUCAGAGAAAAAAAGAACGAGAGAAAAGAAAAGAGAGAAAACGUUCCAGAAGCAAUACAGACGAUUCCGAGAUGGAAUCCGAUUCCGCAACCUCAGGGACAGGCGCGACUAUGACAAGCGAGGAUGUCUCAGAUCUGAGUUCUUAGAUUAAAGCAAAUCGCGAUAGAAAACAAGAAUAUCAAGAAACAUGUACAUUUAGUUUAUUUUGAUCACAUGUCCUACAAUUUGAUAGUACUAUUCUAAAACUCGAAUAAAGUUUAAGAGACCGCAUUAAAUAGCUUUUAUAUUAGAUUUCUUUCACUCUCUAUAUUUUCUUGCAACAUUAUCUCAAAGCUUAUACUACAAUCAUUUUGAUCUCAAUUGAAAAAUAAUUUAAUUCUCCUACAACUUUUGUUUCAAUACUUUUUAUUAAAAAAUG